CUUUCUGACCCUAGGCUGUCCUCUGUCGGGUUCCUUGGUUCACCAGUCAUGGCUUUCUUCUCUCAUCACGUCAGCAGGGGCUUCUCCUCCUCGGCCGUCCGGUCCUCUGUUAUUAAACACAUCACGGUCAUCGGAGGGGGGCUGAUGGGGGCGGGAAUCACACAGGUAGCUGCGUCUACAGGCCACACGGUGACCCUGGUGGACAUGUCUGAAGACAUCCUGACGAAGUCUGUCAAAGGGAUCGAAGGAAGCCUCAGAAGGGUGGCGAAGAAGAAGUUUGCUGACAAACCUGAGGCAGGUGAAGAAUUCAUCCAGAAAGUCAUGCAGAACGUCUCCACCUCUACUGAUGUUGCCUCUGCAGUUCCAGCAUCAGAUCUGGUGUUGGAGGCUAUCGUUGAAAAUAUAAAAGUCAAACAGGAUCUUUUUGGACGUCUUGACAAGCUGGCGCCCGAGCACACCAUCUUUGCCAGCAACACGUCCUCUCUGCCCAUCAUGGACAUCGCCAGCUCCACCAACAGGCUGGACAGAUUUGGUGGCCUUCACUUUUUUAACCCAGUCCCCAUGAUGAAGCUAGUAGAGGUUAUUGGAACCUCGGCCACAAGCCAGAAGACGUUUGAUUCCCUCCUGAACUUCAGCAAAGCUCUUGGAAAAACACCGGUGUCCUGCAAGGAUACACCUGGUUUCAUUGUAAACCGUCUGUUAGUUCCUUACAUGAUGGAGGCCCUCCGGUUGUACGAGAGAGGAGACGCAUGUAAAGAAGACAUUGAUAUUGCCAUGAAACUUGGUGCUGGAUAUCCCAUGGGGCCCUUUGAGCUCAGUGACUAUGUGGGUCUGGACACAGUGAAAUUCAUUGUAGAUGGUUGGAGCGCAAACAGUCCUGACAACCCGCUUUUCGCCCAGAGCGAAUUGCUGAACAAGCUGGUUGCGGAGGGCAAGCUUGGCAGAAAGACUGGAGAGGGGUUCUACAAGUAUAAGUAAUUAAAUAUGAAUGUGUAGGUAUCACUGUUAGAAUGCCUGAGAAAUUAGGAUUAAAAAAGUGCCUGUAACAAUCUUUGGCUCUCAGACUGAAGGAUGAUUGUGGUCACGUUUGAUUAAAUGCAAUUUUUUAAAAGCCU